AUGGCCAGGAUGGGCCGCGGUGGGAAGGUCCGGGAGCUGUUCCGACGGGCCGGAGCGGGUCCGGGGGAGCCAUGGUGGAGGCCCCGGCUGACCCCGUCCGGGCGGUCCACCUCCUUCGGGACCUGGGACGGCGUCUUCACCUCCUGCCUCAUCAACAUCUUCGGCGUCGUCCUCUUCCUGUGCACGGGCUGGCUGGUGGGGAACGCCGGGGUGCUGCUGGGGUGGGCGCUGGUGUCGUCGGUGGGCCUGGCGGCGCUGGUCACCGUCCUGUCCGGCGUCGGGCUGGCGGAGCGCUGCCGCCUCGGCCCCGGGGGCGUCUACUCCCUGCUGGCCGCCGCCCUCGGGGGGCCGCUCGGAGCCGCCGUCGGCCUCCUCUACGUCUUCGGACAGUGUGUCGCAGGGGCCAUGUACGUGUCCGGCUUCGCGGAGUCGGUGUCGUCCGUGCUGGGGCUGGGCAGCCCGUGGGCCGUGCGGGCCGUGGCCCUGGCCACCCUCCUGGGCCUGCUCGGGGUCAGCCUGGCCGGGGUCAAGUGGGUGGUCCGCCUCCAGCUCCUGCUCCUCUUCCUGCUGGCCGCCUCCACCCUGGACGUCGUGCUCGGAUCCUUCUCCCACCUGGACGCCGAGCAUGGAUUUGUCGGCUACAGCCCCGAAUUACUGUCUAACAACAGCCUGCCCGACUACAGCCCUGGAGAAUCUUUCUUCACCGUAUUUGCCGUCUUCUUCCCAGCAGCCACAGGUGUGUUGGCUGGUUUCAAUAUGAGUGGAGAUCUGGACCGGCCGCUCACCAACAUCCCCCUGGGCUCCCUGGCAGCCAUCGGCGUCUCGUGGUUCCUCUCCGUGGUUUUCGUCUUCCUGCUGGGAGCCGUCUGCAGCCGGGAGGCCCUGCGCCAGGACUUCAUGAUUGCCCAGAAGGUAUCUCUGGUGGGUUUCCUGUUCCUGUUGGGGCUGUACAUUUCCUCGCUGGCCUCUUGCAUGGGGGGCCUGUACGGAGCCCCCCGCAUCCUGCACUGCCUGGCCCAGGAGAAGGUGGUCCCAGCCCUGACGUUCCUGGCUCAGGGGAGCGGCAGCCCCCGGGACCCUCCGUUGCCGGCCAUCGGGGCGACGGGCCUGGUGACCCUGGCCUUCGUGUGCCUGGGCCGGGUCAACGUCCUGGCCCCCAUCGUCACCGUCACCUACAUGCUGACCUACGCGGCCGUCAACCUCUCCUUCUUCUCCACCGGCCUGGCCCAGCCACGUGGCCCACCGCUCCGGGGAGGCCACCGGACCUCAGGGGCCCCCCGUGCCUCGAUGCCCCUGCUGCCGCAGUCCGCGCCGGACAGGAGGCCCGGUUACGGGACCGCCGGCCCCCAUCCCGGACCACUGCUGGCCUUGGCCCGCGGCCUGGACCAGUUGGUUGGGGUGGGACGGGGCUGGCAGGGGGCCAGACGGACCCUGAGGGACAGCUUCCAGCUGGACCCCAGACCACCUGGCCCCAGCGGGGGACAGGGUCGGGGGCUGCCCCAACAAGAGGGGACCGAGGGACCGUGGGACCCAGUGCUGCAAAGAACAGAUUCGCCCCCCACUCCCGGUGCCCAGGACCCCCGGACUCCGCCACCUUCACCCUUCUCGCACCUAUGCAACCCCUGGGUGUCCCUGGUUGGGGCCUUCGGCUUCCUGGUGGUGGUGUUCCUGAUCCAGUGGGUCUACACCUUGGUCAAUCUGGCCAUUGCCGGCUCGCUGUACCUCUACAUCCGUCGGGUCAAUCCUGGAAGCCACCCUGGACCAACGGGAAACUGCCGCUUCUUCCGAAGGGUUAAGUCAGUUUGUGUGCCGGCCUUCAGGCCGGGGCGGGGGCUUCCUGCCCCUCCGCCCCUCCCUGGCGGCUUCCUGGUGCCGGAGGGUCCGCCCGGCCGGACCAAGCAACGGAGCGGGACAGGAACAAUGUUUUCCGGACUGACCGGGAAGGAGCAGAUGGUCUUGACCCCAGCCCUGCCCAGUGUCGAGGUGGAAACUGCCCAGCUCAACCAGGACAACUCGGACUUCGCUGCCCGAGACCGUUACCAUGGCUCCUCGCUGGUCAGCCGGGGGGAGUUGGGGACCUCUCCCCCCACCACCGCCCGCCUCACAGCCCCCUUGCCCACUCCUUGCCCCCCGGAAGGCCGGAGGGAGACGGGGGACCAGAUCCCGGAGAAGGGUCUCAGCCCAUAG